UUACGCACUACAGUUGUCUAAAUCUUUCUUUGUAAUCCAAUCUCCAAUCCACUAUUUUUUUUGUGUGUGUUCAUCAAUGGCUUCUCUUCAAAAUCAAUCCAACUUUGAAACUAAGAUUCCGGCUGAAAUCCUCAUCGCUCGGGUCAUCCAAAUUCACGAUAGGAUUUCCAAGCUCGAGUCAUUGAGGCCAUCAAAGCAAGUGAAUACCCUCUUCUCUCACCUCGUCAAAUUAUGUACCCUGCCUUCAAAUAUAGACAUUAAAGCCAUACCCCAGGACGUACAAGCAAUGCGUGAGAAUCUCAUACUUCUUUGUGGCCAUGCAGAGGGCUUAUUAGAGCUUGAAUUCGCCACAUUUAUAUCCAAAAUUUCCCGACCAUUGAACAAUCUCGAUCUCUUCCCUUAUUACAACAACUACGUGGAGUUAGCCCGUUUAGAAUAUAGAAUUCUCAGCGACAAUGGUGUGGUGCAACCGAAGAAAGUAGCGUUCGUUGGCUCGGGCCCAAUGCCGCUCACUUCCUUUGUAAUGGCAACCCAUCACAUGAAAUCUACACAUUUCGACAACUACGACAUAGAUGAAGUGGCGAACGACGUGGCUCGUCGGAUUGUUGCGUCGGAUAACGAGUUCGAGAAGAGGAUGAAGUUCGUGACAAGUGAUAUAAUGGAGGUAAAAGAGAAGCUAAUGGAAUAUGACUGUAUAUUUCUGGCAGCUUUAGUUGGGAUGAGGAAAGACCGGAAAUUAAAGAUUAUAGAGCAUGUAAGGAAGCACAUGAAAGCAGGAGGGUAUUUGCUUGUGAGGAGUGCUAAUGGAGCUAGAGCAUUUUUAUACCCUGAAGUGGACGAAGUGGACUUGCCUGGUUUUGAGGUUCUUUCAGUUUUUCAUCCCACAAAUGAAGUGAUCAACUCGGUUGUACUCGUGAGGAAGCCCUUUUUUGAUAACUAAUUAUCUCAUUUCUAUUUUCUGUAAUCCAAGAAUAAUUAGGGCACUGUGGCGUGGAGACUAUGUUUGUGAUUUUUCUAAAUUUUCUUCUUUCCUGUGCUUGAUGUUGUGGUUUUCUUUUAAUUUCUUGUUUUCAAGAAUGGUGUGUUUGUAUUUACUUUCCUACUUUUUUUUUCUUUUCCUUUUCCAUUUUGUUAAAGGAAUUGAUAUGUCUUCUUAGUAUAUUUUAACAAUGUAUGUUUCUCUUUUCCAUGAAUAAUUUUAAAUUUACCA